AUGGAAGGAGAUGAAUCUCAGGCAGUGGCAUCAUAACCUAUGAUGACCUUUGAAGAACUUGCUAAAUUUGAUGGAAUUUAAUCUGAAAAAGUAUAUAUGGCUCUAAAAGGUCAAGUUUAUGAUGUAUCUGGCUCUGAUUUUUACAAGCCAGGUGGACCUUAUCAUGUAUUUGCGGGUAAGGAUGCAUCAGUAGGUCUAGCUAUAAUGAGUAAAGAGCCUGAAUUCACUGACCCAAAGAAGCACAGUUGGAAAGAUUUAGCUGAGGCUGAUAAGAUCAUUUUAGAUAAUUGGGUGACAAAAUUGUCAUAAAAGUACCCAUUAGUUGGUAUUCUUGCUUCACUAUCAGAUGAUUGA